AAGGAUGGUAAUAUCAUAAUUGGAGGUAUUUUCCCUUUCCAUAAACGAUGGGAGAUCACUGACUCUUCCUAUUCGGUCAUACCUACUAUAAAUUGCAUGAGGUAAGUAACAUAUACAUUAAGGGAAAUAAUAUAAUAAAUCAUAACCAACAAUUGCCAAUAAUGUAAGUAGUAGUUUUGACAUAUGCAGAAAAAUGCACAUGAAUAUGUAUUUCUAUCUGAUUUUUUAACAAGUGUGGAUGUCAGAGCAUUCCAGUAUUCACAGACAUUGAUCUUUGCAAUAGAGGAGAUCAACAACAGUUCUUCUUUACUACCUGGAGUCUCCCUGGGCUUUAAAAUAUUUGACACCUGUAAUUCUGCAGCACUGGGGGUGAAAGGAGCAAUGAUACUUUUGAAUGGAAAUGAGAAUUCCGUUUCAGAUCAGAUCUGCACAAAACCAGCCCAGGUACAAGCCAUAAUAGGAGAGACAUAUUCAUCUGUGUCCAUGGCUAUUGCAAAAAGUAUUGGACCUUUCAGCGUGCCCUUAAUCAGUUACUAUUCUACCUGCGAGUGUCUGAGUGAUAAAAGGAAAUAUCCCUCAUUUCUGCGCACUAUUCCCAGUGAUUAUUACCAGAGCAGAGCACUUGCAGAGAUGGUCAAGCACUUUGGCUGGACCUGGGUGGGAGCAAUAAGAAGAGAUGAUGACUAUGGAAAUAAUGGGAUGGCCGCAUUUACUAACAUUGCUGAACAACUGGGAAUAUGUUUAGAAUAUUCCCUUCCAUUUUUUAGAACCUACUCACAAGAAAAAGUGUUGAGAAUCGUUGAGCAAAUUAAAAGCUCCACUUCACGAGUGAUAGUGGGAUUUGUCACUCCCUGGGACCUGGAGAUUUUACUCCAAGUAUUUUCUGAGCACAACAUCACGGGAUACCAGUGGGUGGGAAGUGAGGCAUGGAUUGCUGAUUUAAUAGCAGCUACUUUGGAUAAGUCCAACAUACUGCAAGGAGCCAUAGGGCUAGCUAUUCCAAAAGCAACAGUAACAGGUUUGAAGGACUUCAUUCUAGAUAUAAAACCAUUGAAAGCUGUCGGCAGUGCCAUUUUUGCAGAAUUAUGGGAGGCUCUGUUUACUUGUACACAUACAGUACAGAAUAACUCAGAGAACAUACCAGCCUGCACAGGAGAAGAGAAACUGUCUGAAGUGGAAAACGACUUCAUUGACAUGUCCUUGAUGCCUAUUUUCAGUAAUGUGUAUAAAGGAGUAUAUGCCAUUGCCCAUACACUGCAUGAACUUCUUGGCUGCAAACAAACAUGUCCUGUAAAGAAGCAGCCCGAUCCUAAUACAGUAAGAUAACAGUAA